CGGCUGCCAGAGAGAUGCAGUGAGCUCAGCAGCGCCUUCCAGUCCAGCCUAGGCAAGGGCUGAGCCGGAGCCCUGCUUCCCCCGCGAGGAUGGAGUGAGCUGGGAAGCCCCACGCCGAGGCAGUCCGGGCAGCCAUGCACUCGGGCAUGGAGUUGAAGAGAUCCAUCUCUGCCAGCAUGGAGGCAGAGAAGCCAACGAGACGCUACGGGGCAGUGGAGGAGACCGAGUGGAAAGCGGAGGGGCUGGGGAGAAAUCAACUUGACAUCAUUUCUAUGGCUGAAACAACAAUGAUGCCUGAGGAAAUCGAACUGGAGAUGGCAAAGAUCCAGAGGCUUCGGGAAGUCUUAGUCAGAAGAGAAUCAGAACUCAGGUUUAUGAUGGAUGACAUCCAGCUGUGCAAGGACAUCAUGAACCUUAAAAAAGAGCUGCAAAACUUAGUAGCCAUCCCAGAAAAAGAAAAAACAACAACACAGAAAAAAAGAGAGGAUGAGUUGAUUCAGAAGAUCCAUAAAUUGGUGCAAAAAAGAGAUUUUCUUGUAGAUGAUGCAGAAGUGGAGAGAUUAAGAGAACAAGAGGAAGACAAGGAGAUGGCUGAAUUCCUUCGAAUCAAGUUAAAGCCUUUAGACAAAGUAACACAACCUCCAGUCAGUGCCCCAGCAGAAAAGAAGGCAGAACCUCCUCCAAGCAAGCCCACUGUUGCCAAAGCAGGCUUAGCUAUCAUUAAAGAUUGCUGUGGGGCCACACAAUGCAGCAUCAUGUAGCAAUGGGCCCUUUGUCAAGUCUAUCCAUUUUCUUUUCAAACCUUUUCUUCGGAUAAAAGUAUAGGGUGAAAGGAUUUAAAAGCAUCCCA